UCCUGUGCGCACGGAACUGCAGAGCUGAGCUUUGGAACCGGUGCUGCUGCUGUAUGACAAGCCCGCCGGGAAUGGAAAUGUCUUCUGCUGCAACUCUGACAUCCUAAAAAACAUGCCAAGCAGGACGGACGUGAAGUGCGGUUUGAUCAGGCUGGUGGUGGACGAGGCUGAGGAUCAGGGGAUGAGGUUAUAAAAACAACAGUGGAGAAAGGAGGAAAAACGAAAGAGGAAGUCGAUUGCUCAGAAACUUUUCUUUUGUAUCAUCAUACCCUGCAGUCCUAUACGGCGCUGACUGACCCUGUAUUGGAUUGAGGAUUACACACUCAAAAAUACACACAUAAACCCACUCGCUCACACCUCCCCUUCCCUAACCGCCAUGUCCUCCCACCUCAACCCACCUCUUCUCAUCCUCCCCAUCCUUUUCCUUCUCCUUUCCCUGUCCAUACCCUCCUCCUCCACCCCCUUACUCUCUUUCUCCCCACCGGAAGGAGGUCUCACACAUUUAGUGGUCCACAACAAAACGGGCGAGGUCUACCUGGGUGCGGUCAACUGGAUCUACAAGCUGUCUAGCAACCUGACAAAGCUACGAAGCCAUGUUACUGGCCCAGUCACAGACAACCCUCGCUGUUACCCUCCGCCCGGUGUCCAGUCCUGCCCCCACGAGCUGGUGCAGACCUCUAAUGUCAAUAAACUGCUGCUACUCGAUGCUGCCCACAACCGCUUAAUUGCCUGUGGGAGUACUUCCCAGGGAAUAUGCCAGUUCCUGCGUCUGGAUGAUUUGUUCAAGCUUGGCGAGCCCCACCACCGUAAAGAGCAUUAUCUAUCCAGUGUUGCUGAGGCAGGCACCAUGUCAGGUGUCGUGAUCUCCCCGGAUCUUUUUGGUGGAGGUGGGAAACUUUUUGUCGGCACGCCCAUUGAUGGGAAAUCUGAAUACUUUCCAACACUGUCGAGCCGCAAGUUAAUGUCCAACGAGGAGAACGCUGACAUGUUCAGCUUCGUCUACCAGGAUGAGUUUGUCUCCUCACAGCUGAAGAUUCCCUCAGACACGCUCUCCAAGUUUCCGGCAUUUGACAUCUACUACAUCUACGGAUUCAACAGCGAGCAGUUUGUGUAUUAUCUUACCUUACAGCUUGACACCCAGCUCACCUCACCAGACGCAAGCAGCGAACAAUUCUUCACCUCUAAAAUCGUCCGCCUAUGUGUUGACGAUCCUAAGUUCUACUCCUAUGUUGAGUUCCCCAUUGGCUGCACCAAGGACGGAGUGGAGUACCGCUUGGUUCAGGAUGCAUAUUUGGCCCGGCCAGGAGCCCGUCUGGCACGUUCGCUUGGUAUUCAAGAGCACGAGGAGGUUCUGUUUACUGUAUUCGCCCAGGGUCAGAAGAACAGAGCCAAGCCACCCAAGGAGUCGGCUUUGUGUCUGUUCACAAUGAGACGGAUAAAGGAGAAGAUUAAAGAGAGGAUUCAGUCGUGCUACAGAGGAGAGGGGAAACUCUCCCUGCCCUGGCUGCUCAACAAGGAGCUGGCCUGCAUCAACUCGCCGCUGCAGAUAGACGAUAAUUUCUGCGGCCAGGACUUCAACCAGCCUCUAGGGGGCACCACCGCCAUUGAGGGCAUCCCGCUUUACGUGGACAAGGACGAUGGCAUGACCUCUGUGGCAGCCUACGACUACCGCGGACACACUGUGGCGUUCACUGGCACCCGCAGCGGACGCAUGAAGAAGAUUUUGGUGAACUCCAUCUCCCAGCCUGCCUUGCUGUAUGAGAAUGUGGUGGUGAGCAAAGGGAGCCCAAUCCUAAGAGAUCUGCUCUUCAGUCCGGAACAUCAGUACUUAUACGCCCUCACCGAUAAACAGGUCACCCGUGUACCAGUGGAGAGUUGUGAGCAGUACACCUCCUGUGGAGCCUGCCUGGGAUCAGGAGACCCUCACUGUGGCUGGUGUGUGCUACAUAAUGUAUGUUCGAGGAAAGAUCGGUGCGAGAGAGCAGAGGAGCCUCAGCGUUUCACCACCAGAGUGGAGCAGUGCGUCCGACUCUCCGUCCAGCCCGACACAGUCUCUGUCACCAUGUCAGAAGUGCAGUUGGUAAUUCAGACGCAGAAUGUGCCCAGUCUGUCUGCUGGAGUGAACUGCUCCUUUGAGGACUACGUAGAGACAGAAGGACGAAUCUACGGUGGACGGAUCUUCUGCUUGUCUCCCUCUACAAAAGAGGUGGCCCCCAUCACACGAGACCAGGGUGACCAACGUGUAAUAAAGUUGUAUCUGAAGUCGAAGGAGACGGGAAAGAAGUUUGCUAGCGUGGACUUGGUCUUCUACAACUGCAGCGUCCACCAAUCGUGCCUCUCAUGUGUUAAUGGAAACUUCCCCUGUCACUGGUGCAAAUAUCGCCACAUGUGCACGCAGGACGCCAGCGACUGCUCCUUCCAGGAGGGACGAGUCAACACCUCAGAGGAGUGUCCUCAGAUCCUGCCCUCCCCUCAGAUCUACAUCCCUGCUGGAGUCAUGAGGCCAAUCACCCUGCUGGCCCAGAACCUUCCCCAGCCACAGUCCGGACAGAAGAACUACGAGUGUAUCUUCCACAUCCAGGGCAACACGCACAACGUCCCAGCCCUAAGGUUCAACAGCACCAGCAUACAGUGUCAGAAGACCACGUAUGACUACGAGGGCAGUGACAUCAGUGACCUACCAGUGGACCUCUCCGUCGUGUGGAAUGGAAUCUUUGUCAUUGACAACCCAUUCAACAUCCAAGCCCACCUGUACAAGUGCAGAGCGUUGCGGGACAGCUGUGGUAUGUGCCUGAAGGCCGACCCCAGGUUCGAAUGCGGUUGGUGCGUCCAGGACAAGAAGUGCUCCCUCAGGCAGGAGUGUACCGGUGGAGGGAAUUCCCACCUCCCGCUGCAGCUGGCCGAAGGCGGAGGAGGGUGGAUGCACGCCACCUCUGGGAACAGCCGCUGCACCCACCCCAAGAUCACCAAGUUGUUCCCUGAGACGGGGCCUCGCCAAGGGGGAACCAGGGUAACCAUCCUUGGGGAGAACCUCGGUCUGCAGUUCAGAGACAUCCAGAUGGGCGUCCGGCUGGGCAAGGUGCCCUGUGUGCCCAUUGAGGAGGAGUAUGUGAGCGCAGAGAGAAUCGUGUGUCUGCUGAACGACGCUACCAGCUACAGGGUCCAGGAAGCUCAGGUUGAGGUGUGUGUGAGAGACUGCGUCAACGACUACAGAGCCCUGUCGCCCAGGCCGUUCACCUUUGUGACUCCAUUCUUCACCCGUAUCCAGCCAUCUCAGGGGCCCAUUUCUGGCGGCACCCGGGUCACCAUCGAGGGAAGCUACCUCAACGCAGGCAGCUACGUUUCUGUCAGCAUUGGACCGCAGCCCUGCUACUUCAAAAAGAGGAAUGCCCGUGAGAUAGUGUGCGUUACACCAGCUGGAAUAUCACCGGGCAGUGCAUCGGUCUUUGUGGACAUCGAUGACGCUGAGCUCAGAAACCCAGAGGUCAAGUUUAACUACACUGACGACCCCACCGUCCUGAGGAUUGAACCUGACUGGAGCAUUGCCAGUGGUGGGACUCUGCUGACCGUGAGUGGGACCAACCUUGCAACCAUCCGAGAACCAAAGAUCAGGGCCAAGUAUGGACAGGCAGAAUCCUUUCAUAACUGUACAGUAUAUAACAACUCAGUCAUGGUGUGCCUGGCUCCAUCGGUGGCGGAUUCAGAGCUGGGUUUUUCCGAAACUGGCACCGGCCCGGAUGAGAUCGGGUUCUACAUGGACAACGUGAAUGCUCUGGUGGUGGUCAAUGAGACAUUCAACUACUACCCCGACCCCGUGUUCGAACCCCUCAGUCCCUCUGGAAUACUGGAGCUCAAACCCACAUCGCCACUCAUUCUCAAGGGUCGUAACCUGAUCCCAGCGGCUCCGGGUAACAGUCGCCUCAACUACACGGUGCUGAUUGGAGAAACUCCCUGCGUCCUCACCCUGUCCGAGAGCCAGCUGCUGUGUGAAUGGCCCAACCUCACCGGACAACACAAAGUCACGAUCCGUGCCGGCGGGUUUGAAUAUUCCCCCGGGACUCUUCACAUCUACUCCGACAGCCUGCUGACGCUUCCCGCAAUUAUCGGCAUUGGAGGGGGCGGUGGCCUGCUUCUGUUGGUCAUCAUCGCUGUGCUGAUUGCCUAUAAGAGGAAGUCCAGGGAUGCCGACCGCACUUUGAAACGUCUGCAGCUCCAGAUGGACAACCUGGAGUCCAGAGUGGCCCUGGAAUGUAAAGAAGCUUUUGCCGAGCUUCAGACAGACAUCCACGAGCUGACCCAGGAGCUGGACGGAGCUGGGAUUCCCUUCUUGGACUAUCGGACUUACGCAAUGAGGGUCCUGUUCCCAGGCAUUGAAGACCACCCUGUGCUCAAGGAGAUGGAGGUACGGGUCCAGGCAAAUGUUGAGAAGGCACUGACGCUGUUUGGCCAGCUGCUGACAAAGAAGCACUUCCUGUUGACGUUCAUACGAACCUUGGAGGCACAGAGGUCAUUUUCAAUGCGGGACCGAGGCAACGUGGCAUCUCUGAUCAUGACGGCCCUGCAGGGGGAGAUGGAGUACGCCACCGGAGUCCUGAAACAGCUUCUGUCCGACCUGAUAGACAGAAACCUGGAAAGCAAAAACCAUCCCAAACUGCUGCUCAGGAGAACGGAGUCUGUCGCUGAGAAGAUGCUGACCAACUGGUUUACAUUCCUCUUGUAUAAGUUCCUCAAGGAGUGUGCCGGGGAGCCUCUGUUCAUGCUUUACUGUGCCAUCAAGCAGCAGAUGGAGAAGGGACCCAUAGACGCCAUCACAGGAGAAGCCCGCUACUCCCUCAGCGAGGACAAGCUCAUCAGGCAGCAGAUUGACUACAAAACACUGACGCUGCACUGUGUAAACCCAGAGAAUGAGAAUGCCCCCGAGGCGACGGUCAAGUGUCUGAACUGUGACACUAUCACACAGGUCAAAGAGAAGCUGCUGGAUGCUGUGUACAAGGGCAGCCCCUAUUCACAGAGACCCAAGGCUUCUGAUAUGGACCUAGAAUGGCGUCAAGGUCGGAUGGCCAGAAUCAUACUGCAAGAUGAAGAUGUCACAACUAAGAUCGACAAUGACUGGAAGAGACUCAACACGCUGGCUCACUAUCAGGUAACAGAUGGUUCAGUGAUCGCCCUGGUGCCAAAGCAGAACUCUGCCUAUAACAUCUCCAACUCUUCCACCUUCACCAAGAGCCUCAGUAGAUACGAGAGCAUGCUGAGGACAGCCAGUAGUCCAGACAGCCUACGAUCCCGAACACCCAUGAUAACCCCUGACCUGGAGAGUGGAACUAAACUGUGGCAUCUGGUGAAGAACCAUGACCACUCGGACCAAAGGGAGGGCGACCGAGGCAGCAAGAUGGUCUCUGAGAUCUACCUGACCAGGCUGCUGGCUACAAAAGGUACGUUACAGAAGUUUGUGGAUGACCUGUUUGAGACCAUCUUCAGCACAGCCCACAGAGGAAGUGCACUGCCACUAGCCAUCAAAUACAUGUUUGACUUCCUGGACGAGCAGGCCGACAAACACUCCAUCACAGACUACGAUGUACGACAUACCUGGAAGAGCAACUGUCUUCCUCUGCGGUUCUGGGUGAAUGUCAUCAAGAACCCCCAGUUUGUGUUUGACAUCCAUAAGAACAGUAUCACAGACGCCUGUCUGUCUGUGGUGGCCCAGACCUUCAUGGACUCCUGUUCAACGUCAGAACACAAACUAGGAAAAGACUCGCCUUCAAAUAAACUUCUCUACGCUAAAGACAUCCCCAACUACAAGAACUGGGUAGAGAGGUAUUACUCCGAUAUCUCCCGUAUGCCAGCCAUCAGUGAUCAGGACAUGAGUGCCUACCUAGCAGAGCAGUCCCGCCUGCACCUCAGCCAGUUCAACAGUAUGUCUGCGCUGCAUGAGAUCUACUCCUACAUCACCAAAUACAAAGAUGAGAUCCUGUCAGCGCUACAAAAGGACGAGCAGUCGCGCAGACAGCGGCUCCGUGGCAAGCUGGAGCAGGUCAUCGACACCAUGGCCCUGGCUAGCUGAGGACCGGCCAAUCGCACGCCUGGGCUAACAGAGAACUGGCCAACCAAUACGCCUUCCCUGACAACCUUUGUGACAUUUUGACCCCUCGACGUUUGAAGUCUGUCGUUAUCACCCUCACAAACAACAACGAACAGCAGCGGGAAAAGACUGCAAGGACACAAGCACCCAGCAGCAGCAGCACACUGGAGAGACAGCAGAGUUUGGAAGUAUGGCCCCGCCAGCCGGGUUGGCUUUUUUUGUUCUCUGAGCCACCAACCCAGCCCCAAACAACCAAAUCAAGCGCACCCUCAGCCUCAGACGAUAUGGACCUCAGCUCAGGAGAGCGUUUAUUUUCAUCAAGGCCCUCAUCACAUCUAGAGUUCUAUGGAAGAAGCAGUUGGCCACAAUCAGGACCAGUACAUGCACAGUGGUGACCAAAAACUCAGCCAGACACAGAGCUGAAAUGCUACGGGAAAGGCACAGCCGCCAGCUAGUAGCUUUUCACAGCCAAGAUUAUGGUUCAGACUGUGAACCAAUAAAAAUCCAGGAUAUAUUACUGCGAUACUUGAUCCCUGUAAGGAGUUUCUCUUUUCUGUUGCCGUCCUCCAUAGGGAGGUCAGAGGUCAGGGACAGCUACAGAGCAGCAGCCAUGAUGCUGGUAGAGAUUGUGCGUGUUGCUCAAAGACACUUCAGCAGGGUGGAUACUUGGCAUCACAAAAGCUGCUGCCACUGCAGGGCAACCAGGAGGAAGGACUUUGCAGGGAAAUUUUUCCUCCAGGACUGACUCUCCAACUCUCUAUCAACAAGAACUCCACUGUAGUGUAAAAAAGGACAUUUUCAGUUUCAUAACUCUGCAUUUGAUUUGUUAUUGCAUUUGAUUCCAUUUUUCCCCCCCAACUGCCUACUCUCCCCAGUGCUGUGCCACUUGUGUUACUGCUGAAUUUGCACAACAAAGCUAAAUCAAAAGAGAAAAGAGGAUAUAUGAAUAUAUAUAUAUAUAGAUAUAUAAAUACAAACCUUUUGUUUUUAAAACAAAUGAAACGUUGAAAAACAUGUUUUCCAUUUUAAUGUACAAAAGAUACGUUUGAGAAGAGGAUUUGAUAUUUCCAAGAUGAAAACUUAUGAAAACACAAGGAAAAAGUCGUCCUGUGCCAUGUUUUACUUUGAAUGUUGUUUAGUGCAAAGAGACUUCUUUUCGUUAGAUGAAAUGUGCUAUGAUAAAAAUGUUGUCAUAUUUAGUGACUGAAAGUGAGACUUAAAUAGGUAAAUGGCAAAAUUAUAUAUAUAUUACAGACACUUUCUAUAUUUCAUGAGGUCUUUGGGGCAGAUAUGUGUUACAUGUUUGGCUCUAAAGGUAGUAAAGAGACAAAUGAUGUCUGGAAGUCGCCUGUGAGCCAACCGACCUACAGUGCUUUUGUGUUUGUUUUUAGAGAAACCAAAUACAUCGAGGCCUGGUCAACUGAUUUAGAUGAGAUAAAAGUCGUUUUUGUGGAAGCCAGCCUCAUGCUGUGGUAGCAGAGAACUAUAGAGGCAUUAGGCAGUCGUUUAAGUUGAACCCUGGCACACUGUGCUCUCGGUCUUGUUUUCUAGACUUCCCCUCUUGUCUGAAAAAUUUCAUAACCUGUGCCAUCCAAAAUGAAGGCCAGUUUUGGUGUGCGGAAGUUGAAACAGUAUUGUUUAAUUUUUUUGGCUUGUUUUCUAGUCCGCAGUAAAGGUGGUAAAGCUAAUGGUUCCAUUUUUGAAAUGUGAAUGUGGUUUAUGAAAAAGAUAAUGAAAUGUAGCUUGAUUUAUGUAAGUGUUUUUGUACCAGUUGAAGGCCUUUCUCUUUUUUCGUUUUGUGAUUUUAUAGGGGUGAAAAGAAAAAAAACUAAAAUGUUUUCCUUCCAGUAUGUGCUGCUCCACAUUAACUUGCAGUGCUUAAAAAAAACAUGCAUUCAUAAACAAGACAUUCCUUUCCCCUGUGACUGUAAAAAGGGUACAAGGCUAAUAACAAAGGCUAGAAAAUACAGAAAAAACAUGUUCAACAAACCAGGGUAAUAUACUUUAUGUGGUCGUCCAUCCUGUAAGAGCUUGUUUUGAAAUGUAGAGCACCCGACCAGAUGCAUCAACAGUCAGAUCAGAUGGAAGAGUUCAAGAAAAGAACUCCUCUACUCAUCCAUCUUGUCCCUGUUUGUUUUGAUAUAGAAGAAAGCAGGUUAAAAUGCAUCAAGUGCACCUUUUAGAACAAUACGACUUUAAAGGAAACAGUUACAGAUGCCUCAAAAUCAUUUUCUUUUUCUUCCUCUUCAACAGCGCUUCCCUCAGAUUUGUUUUCCCUGUGAGAGAGUCGAAAUGCCUCAACCAGCCGACACUAGCUUCCUCUGGUUCAGUCCAGUUCAGGUAGCAGAGUUUUGCAGGUGCAUCAGUAACCUUACAGGCCAGGGCUGUUGGGGAAGGCCUGGUAGGUUUCUUUCAAAUUAAAAGUCUCUAAAACCUUCUGAGUUAUCUUUUCGGUUCUCCAAGAGCCUAUACUGAGAUACUCUGAGAGGAGGAAAUUGAAAGAUGUCAGUUAUUUUCAACCUCAGUCUUACUUUCUUGAGUUUUUCUAUCUUAGUGAUAGAUCAUUGUGGUUGCAGGGAGUACUGCUCUUCAGUACAAUCCAGUGGAUCAAAGGUGAAACUCAAAAUACUUUCAAACACAGUCAUAAUCCAUUUGCAAUAAGACCCGCCCACACCGUUAUUAUCCAUGGCCUCAGACAUGCCAAUAUUGGAGUAGAUGCUAAUCCUAAACUAGCUGACACAAAGACAUUUCAAGUCUUUGAUGGCACAUUCACAUACUUCAAGGAUUUAUUGUAAGUUUAAAAAGCCAAUCAAAAAAAAUACAUACAUGUACUGUACGUGUUUAAAUUAUAAUUACAUGUACAAUAAAGAGCUUUUUUUCAGAGUUGCAAAAUUGUUAAGCUAAAAAUUAAUAUCUAUGGGUAAGGGUGAUUAAAAAAAAAAGAUCAGUUAUAUUCAAAGAAGACCAGCAGCUAGCAGACUAAAUGUGUGAGCAACACUUACAUAGCACCAGAUGGACCACUAACUGACAUAUCCUAAGUGAUAAUUGUUCAGUCACAGCUGUUUAACAGCAGGAAUGAAAGUGUGACUCUUGCAUUUGGUGCGACUGGUGAGUUUCAGUCACCUGAGUUUGUGGUGAAUUACACCAAGUCACAUGCUUUUAAAAUGUUAAGAGAUGACACUAAAAUAACCUAAAUUAUCAUUUCAUGGUACAGCGUUAACUAUGAGGCAUUGCUAGGCAAUAGCCACAUGGUAGCUGAUGUUAGCUACUGAGAUAAGGUGAUUACCUUGCUAACAUUCUAACCUAAAAAUUGUUUAAUAAUCGAAUGACUAAUCCCAAGUAUAUCUAAAUAUAGAAUUGAACAUUACAUAUUCCUUAUUGUUGGGACAUAAACAUUCUGUCGUUGAAGCAUCUAAGACCUCCAACGUGGCCGACAGUGGGCAUGUCACUUUAUGUAGAAAAUGUGGCAAACUUAGACCUGGUAACACACAUUCUUGCAGAUUUUUUGAGCCAUCUCCCUUGUCCAUAUCCUUCCACUUUGUCUGGGUCUUAAUAGGGCUAACCCUAUUUUUUCAAAUAUAAUUACCAGACCUAAAACAACCCUUAUGCCACUCAACCAAACACAUGUUGUUACUAUCAGGUGAAAACUUGAUUCUUCUUCCUUGAUCUUUUUUUGAUAGAUUUCGGGUUUUUCUGUUUUCUGACAGCAUAAAUGUGUGUCUGGACAGAAUGAAACGUACUGUAUGUGCUUCAAUACUUGAACCACUGAUCUACACAGGGUAAAACAACAUACAGGGCGGCUGACCAAAGCUUUAUUCAUCCACAUAAGGAGAACGGCUCCAUGAGAGAUUACCUUUGAUCCAUCUGCUUUUCAGUUCUUCCACAAAAUGAUUUUAGCACUCAUUUAUAGUCAUUUAAAUACCCCCUCAUUGAAGGUAUUUAGUGUUUGUCUUUCUGAUUGAUGAAUGGUGAAAUUGAGGUGAUGUUACUUCCAUGAACAGGCACUCAUUAACACAUUCUGCUCAGUUUGAAUUAAUGAUUGAAACAGUCUGAGGAUGUGGACAACUGCAUUUAUGUUUGACCGCUAUUCACUUGCUCAAUUGUUCUUUUGAUGAAGACUUGUAAAGUCAAAAUGAUUUAAGUGAUGUGGAAUGAGUAAUGAGGUUUAGUUAGUGACCCCAAGGACCACUUUGUAGGGAGUGAGAAAAAAAAAAACUUCAGAAAGAUGGCGAGAUAAGGCCCACUUGGUCUCUGGUGCUUUUGUUUCUUAGUUUUGCUUCUUGUUUUGUGCUUCACCACUUGUUGGGGUAAAAGAUGAAAAGACUUGGGCAAGGCAGAGGAAGCGCUUUGAAGGCCACGGUACCGGUUCAUUUUCCAUUCCGUUGCAUCUGUGGCGUUCAACUUCCACAUAGAAAAAGACAGUGAUGAGAGAGGGAGGAGGGUGGAGUGAGAGAAGGAAAGAGGUGGAGGGAGAGAUUCUCUCAACGAUUGACUGACGCAGAGCUGUUCACUGUGCCUUGUCAGCCUCUUCCCAUACUAAAAAUGUUGUAAUUUUACCUACACCUAAAGGUUAAAAAAAAAAGGACAAAUAAUUAUAUUUAAAUAUGCAUUUUGACAUCAUCAUCAUUUGAGAUGAAAAAUAGUGCAAUAUUUUGUGAAACAUGCUCACGAAGAAGAUUGAAACCAAUUUCACGUCUGUGUGUUAAGUAGUACUUACUACCUACCUACUACCUACUGAGCUCGAGUCAGGACAUUUUUAGCAUUGCUUAGCAUGGAAAAUGUAUGUACAAAGUGAAAAGUGAAAAUACACCUACUGACACCUCUAAAACUGGCUACACUUUGUAUCUAAUUUAUUUAACCUUACAUGAGCAAAAAUGUAAAAAUAUUUUGUGGCUUAAUGCUGGAACUA